AGGGAGAGGCAGAGGAAGAGACCUCGAGCCACCCAGUUAUUAAUAUUAUUCCACACCGCUAAGUUUAGCAUUCAACACGUGUCGCUAGUGAUGGAGAGAGAGAGGGAGAGAGAGAGGCGGGAGGCGCGCGCGCGAGAGAGGGAGGUUGACGGUUGACGGUUGCUAGGUGACGAGGCGCAUAUACUGAAUUUUAACAAAAGAGCGGAGAAAGAGGGAGAGGGAGAGAGAGAGUGGGAGAGAGGAGCGAGAGAGAGAGAGAGAGAGAGAGGAGGGAGCGGGAGAUAGGUGGAGAGAGAGAGAGCUCGCGAAAAUUGAAUACAUGUAGAAUAUAUAUAUUUCUAGGUGUAUUUUCCCCGGAGAAGCCGCAAAAAGGAUACCUCGAGGGGAAUGAUGUGAAGAGAAUGGAGGGCCGAAAGGAGAGAGGGGGGACAGGCGCGUGAAAACACAGCUUUCUUUGUGCCCUCUCGUUUGGCCUCCAUGUUUGUUGCCAUGGUCACAGUACCCACGCUGUCUCUGCUAUUGGCCCUGGUAGAAUGGGCGGGUCAGACUAGCUCCUCCCCUCAUCUCUUGCUCCGGCCCCGAGAGCGUGAACGGGACCCAGUGGCAUCAAUGCACUUCAACAUCGCAGUGAUCCACGCGGGCUCAACCGUUCAACAGGGGGAAGCUGGGGCUGCAGCAGCUGCGGGUAGGGUGCCAUACCCGGGUUUCGGACGUGUGCACAGCAGCUUUGGUGAGAGCGUCGUCACCCAGUGGGGAUCUGCAAACGUAAUCUGGCUUCAGGUGAAUGACAGCAGUCCCAGGACUCUGCUCUCUCAGCUGUGUGACCUGCUGGCAGCCAGACCCCUUCAGGGACUUGUGUAUGAAGAUGAGAGACCCCUCCCGCUGGCCUCCGGCCCCCUGGCCCCCAUGCUGGAGUUCGUUUCAGCCCAGACCGGCCUCCCCAUCGUUGCUGUGGGAGGGGGAGCGGGUCUGGGCAGGGUACCACAGGAGACCGGCUCAAUCUUCCUGCAGUUCAGCUCUUCCACCGCACUCCAAUUGGAGGUGAUCUUUGAGGUGCUGGAGGAGUACGAUUGGACGGCCUUCUCAGUGGUGUCCACACGUCACCAUGGCUACCAGGACUUCCUGUCGGUGGUGGAAGGUUUGACCGACGGGUCAUUCAUCGGCUGGGAGAAGAAGAGCGUAGUGAUGUUGAAUUUAACAGAUGACCCAGGAGGAGCGCGAGCACGACGGCUGCUGAAAGAGAACGAAGCACAGGUGCGGUUGUUGUACUGCUCUCAGGAGGAAGCAGAACAGGUGUUCCAGGCUGCUUGGGCAGCUGGUCAGGCCAGCGCCUCCCACAUAUGGUUCGCGGUGGGUCCGGCUCUGUCCGAGUUGGGCCUGACCGGACUACCCAAUCGCCUUUUUGCAGUCAGACCGCAGGGCUGGAGGGACGAGCCUCGCAGACGAAUCGCCCGUGGGGUGUCCAUCCUUACCCACGGAGCUGUCGCGUUGCGCAAGGACUACGGAGCCACUGGAGGACCGCACUUCGUCACUAACUGCCAGACGGAUGGGAACAGAACACAGAGGAUUCGCGGUAGAAUGAAGUAUUUCAGUAACAUCACUCUUGGUGGGCGGGACUAUUCGUUCAAUAACGAGGGCUACCUGGCCAAUCCCUUUCUGGAUGUCAUCUCCUACACGCCUGGGAGUGGCUGGGAAGACGUAGGAUGGUGGGAGAAUGGGGUGUUACGUCUGAGAUACCCUGCUUGGUCUCGCUAUGGCCCCUUCCUGCAGCCGCCUGAUGAUGCCCAGCACCUGAGGGUUGUGACCCUGGAGGAGCGCCCCUUCGUUAUCGUGGAGCUUGCAGACCCUGCCUCUGGAACCUGCAUUAGGGACUCUGUGCCAUGCCGAAGGCCUCUCAAUGCCAGUGCAAUUCAGGAAGGGGUGGCACCUAUGAAACAGUGCUGCAAGGGAUUCUGCAUCGACAUUCUUAAGCGAUUGGCCAGAAUUGUCGGCUUCACCUAUGACCUCUACUUGGUGACCAAUGGGAAACAUGGGAAAAAGAUUGAUGGUGUUUGGAACGGGAUGGUGGGAGAGGUUGUCUACAAGCGGGCAGACAUGGCGAUCGGCUCCCUCACUAUCAACGAGGAGAGGUCAGAGGUCGUGGAUUUCUCCGUGCCCUUUGUGGAGACGGGAAUCAGCGUCAUGGUCUCUCGCAGUAACGGAACUGUCUCUCCCUCUGCUUUUCUUGAGCCGUACAGCCCUGCUGUGUGGGUGAUGAUGUUUGUUAUGUGCCUGACCGUGGUGGCAGUGACGGUUUUCAUCUUUGAGUUCUUCAGUCCAGUGGGGUACAACCGCAGCCUUCAGAGUGGCAAGAAGGCCGGAGGUUCUACAUUCACAAUAGGGAAGUCAAUCUGGCUUCUUUGGGCUCUGGUCUUUAAUAACUCUGUUCCAGUGGAGAACCCCAAAGGAACUACUAGCAAGAUCAUGGUUCUUGUCUGGGCUUUCUUUGCUGUCAUCUUCCUGGCUAGCUACACUGCCAACCUGGCUGCCUUCAUGAUCCAAGAGGAAUACAUUGACACUGUGUCUGGCCUCAGCGAUAAAAAGUUUCAGCACCCCACAGAGCAGUACCCCCCUCUGAAAUUUGGAACGGUCCCUAACGGAAGCACAGAGAAAAACAUCCGCAGUAACUAUCCAGAUAUGCACCAGUACAUGAUCAAAUACAACCAGAAAAGUGUGGAGGACGCCAUCUCCCACCUCAAGACUGGUAAGCUGGAUGCCUUAAUCUAUGAUGCAGCCGUGUUGAACUACAUGGCUCGUAAAGAUGAAGGCUGUAAAGUAAUGACCAUCGGCUCAGGGAAAGUAUUCGCCACAACUGGUUACGGCAUCGCCCUGAUCAAGAACUCCCGCUGGAAACGGCCAUUGGACCUGGCCUUACUGCAGCUGGUGGGCGACGAGUCUUUAAAAGCCACAGGAAACCACUUGUCCAUCUGCAGCAUUUCAUGUCUUUUAAACGCCACAGGUAACCUUAUUGAUGAGAUUGAGAUGCUUGAACGUCUCUGGCUCUCAGGGAUCUGUCAUAAUGAUAAAAUUGAAGUGAUGAGCUCCAAACUAGACAUAGACAACAUGGCCGGUGUGUUCUACAUGCUGCUGGUGGCCAUGGGCCUAAGUCUUCUGGUCUUCGCCUGGGAACACCUGGUUUACUGGAGGCUGCGGCACUGCAUGAGCAAAAUGGGCCAGUCCGGCAAACUGGACUUCCUACUGGCCUUCAGCAGGGGAAUGUAUAGCUGCUGCAGUUUUGAAGAUGAAACUGCACAAGGUGGGACUAAAGUCACAGUUUCUGGCCACCAUCACACUUCCAUGAUUCCUGCUUCUUCUUCCUCACAUGUGGUCACUUCAGCUGUAUCCAAUUCAGCCAUUGCCAUGGUGCAGCAGCAGCAGCAACCACAACAGCCUCAACCUCCUCAGUCUUACAAAACACCUCUUCCUGGUUCCCCUCCCACAAUUGUUCAUUCUGGAGCAGCCUUGGGUCCCGCAAAUACUCAACUUAUAGGAGCUCCACUACCAUGCACUACUUUCUUACCCCGUCCAGAUCGCAGACUGGCGGUUGUGGACCGCUGGAGACUACCCAAAACCGCUAGUGCCACCACCUCCAUGGGUGUGAGAGCAGCCCUAGCAGAAACGGGGCCCUUACCCCAAAAGGUGGCAUCUGCCUGGGCAAGUGGUGGAGGUACAAGUAGUGGUCUAGAUGGAUAUAAGCGCUACUAUGGACCUAUUGAUCCAGAGGGACUUGGGCCAUGUGUGGACCAACAGACGGGUUCUCAAACUCCAAAAACCAUCCCCAGAGCCCACCAACAACCCCCACCAACUAGUGUGGCUUUCUACCAGGAGAAGGGCAUGGACCAUGGCAUGGGGAAGAAGGUGGGAGUGGGUACUGGUGGAGGGGGUCAGGGUAGAGGGGUUAAAUCUCUGGGAACUCCCAGGCUUCCACCUAAAAGCCAGGCCCCAGCCCCGCUGACACCUAACCCCCCGCUGCAGCACCCCUCUCCCCCUCUCCCUUCAUCCUUCUGGAAGAAACGGCGACCAAAAAAGCCCAAAGAACCCAGUGGCCCACUGUACGAAAACAUCCUGCCACUGGGCCGGAGAGGUGGAGGCAGGGAAGCGAGUCGAAGACCGAGACCCUCUCCUCCUCUCCCCAUCCCUGUGCCAGUCACACUUUCCCCAACCUACACUCCUCCAUCUCCCUCUCCCUCACUCCCCUACACCUCCACAUCAUCCUCUUCAUCUACCACUAGCUCCUCAACCACAUCUUCAGCCACAUCCUCACGUUCCACCUCUCCUUCAUCUACUUCCACAGCAUCAUCUCGCAGCACCCGAGACAGAGAGGCAGAGGAAGAGGAUGAGGAGGAUUUGGAUGAGCUGACCGAAGAGUCUAGUCUUCUUCAGGGCCACAACAGAACCAGGGACAGAGAACGGUCCAUCCUUUCCCCUAGAUCUCUCACUCAUGGACCCCCUCCUCCUAUACCCCCACGUAAACCGUGGGGCACCUUUGGAGACAGGGAGCAUAAGAAAGACAGAGAAAGAGAGAGGGGUAGCAGUCAGCUAGCACAGCUCCAGGAAUGGUGGGCAGGGUGGGCAGAGAGAGAGAGGGACAGGGAGGAGUGGUGGAGCCCAGGAGAUACAGAAAGGAAAAGAGAGAAGAAACGUAGGAAAGAGAGAGAAAAAGAGAAAAAGAAAAAGAGAAAGAAAAACAAAAAACGGAAAAAGAGGGAGGAACGUGAAAGGGAACGAGAAAGAGAGAGGAAGCGUCGCAAGGUGAAAAAGAAGAAAAAGAAGGCAAUGAAAACAAAAAAGAAGAAGAAGGUGUCAUCUGGCAAGCGGUCAGAGCCAGAGGAGGGUGAUGUUGAGGCGGAUAGAGAUGGAGAGGGUGAUGGGGAUAGAGAAGGGGAGUACUCAUCAUUUUCCACUCAAUACCGCAGCGCAUUUGUAGACAAAGGCAGUCUUUCAGCUUGGGAGGGAGAGAGAGAGCGAGGGAGAAGAGAUGGAGGUGAGGAAGAGGGGGACGAAAGGGAGGAUGAGAGUGGGGGAGGUAGAGGAAGAGAGAGAAGACCCAAAAGCUCCCAUUCACGACAUCGACCAUCCAGUAAACGCUAUCCCAACCUAAACAAACUCCCCUCUUCAGUUAAAUUCUGGGUCAGUGGAGGAGAAGCAGGUGGCACAGAGGCCUCCGGACCCUCCCCUCCCUCUUCUUUACAUACACUCCUCUCCUCGUCCAAAAGACGGAGGAGUAGUGGGGUAGAGAGAGAGGCAGAAGGGAGAGUAGGAGAGCGCAGGCCACUGCUUCUCCACUAUGAAAGGGGGCGAGUUAACACAAGAGAAGGCCUUUCCCUCCAUGAGUGGGACUCUGAGGAUGAGGAGGAGGAAGGAGAAGAAGAAGAGAGAGAGAGAGAACGAGAAAGGGAGAAAAUAGAGGAGAGAGUGCGGCGUGCAGGGCGAGGAGCAGUGUCGGAGUCAGAGCGGGACAGGAUAAGAGCGGAGGAAAGUUUUUCUGAUGAAGGGUCCUCAGGAGAGUUUGGCCGUUUUGAGAGGUACUGGGAAGGAACUGGUGUGGGUGGAGCCAGUGGAAUUGGGGGUGGGGGUUGGUUUUUUGGAACAUACCCUGCUCGAGAGAAAGGUGGAAGUGUCAACAGUAGAGAUGACUCCAUUUUGGGUCGGGCUGAAGGGUGGGGUGUGGCAGGUGAUUUCUGGGGUUCAGGUCCAGGGAUUGGAUGGGGUUCUGGAGGAGGCAGUGGAGGGCUAGGUUCACAGUGGCCACCCCCUCCCACUUCCCUGCCACCACCGAGACGCUAUUGGUCAGUGGACAAACUACAGAUGAAGGGUGAGAAGCGUAGCCGCAGUGGGCCAAAGAGCAAAGGUCAGAGGUCUCGGGAUAGAAUGCAAGAUGCAGCAUCAUGUACAUGUACACAGUAUGGGCACGGUAGGCCCCAUGUACACCACAAACACAGCAGUGCUCAGUCCCACAGUCAGGAGGAUCUGCUUCCUCACUGCCACAGCUUCAGUGGAAGCUCUCGACCCAAAGCACCCCCUAAACCUGACAAAUCCAAAUCCGGAAGCCAGUCCAACCUAAGCUCCCAGCAAGCCCAGCUCUCAGAACACAUACCCCAGCCAUCACCCUCCUCACCUCAGCCACUCCUGCCCUCAUUACCUGUACCUUCUGCUCCCAACUCCCUACCCAUGCCCAUUCCUCCACCUCCAUCCUCUGCAUCCAUGUCCCCUCCACCUGUGCUCUCCCCUGGGGCUACUUCUGGCUCCUCCCAGGCAGCCACCGCCAGUGCUAAGCUUCAGUACCAGAGACUUCGGUCUGUGCCCCAGCCAAGGCGAUUCUACUCCCCACACCUGCCACUCAAAGCCAAGAGCUUAUGUUCACGCCGUGGUUCUGCCCAUUUCUCCAGCCUAGAGAGUGAAGUAUGACACGGGGCUUCGCUGCUGCGCGUGUGUGUGAGCUCUACUGUGAAGCGCAGCUGGAGUGUGAUGCACAUACAUGCGCCGCACCAAGACGAGGAAAACGUCCACGACAGUGACCCGAGCAGCAAAGAAACGACAGUCAAAGCAGGGAAUGGCUCAACAAAUUCUGCCGCGGUCACGAUGGAUACUCCAGCCGUGCUCCAUCUUCGGUCUGAGCUGAGUAUUAUGAUGUCCUCUGUGCUUCUCUCCUCCAAUGAGAACACUGGAUAGCAAAUGUCUGGGAUUUUUCUGUGAGUAAUGAUGUCAUGUUUACACAUAUACACUCCCUCAAACAAGGAAAAGACAAUUUUGCAUCGUCCACAUACAACAUGUGACGACAGACAUCAAAUACUGCUGUGGCUUAAACUGGCUAUUCAGUUUAUUUACAGAUGAUUCAAUUAAUCUAUAUUCAAUCUGAAUGCAGUCUUGGAGAGGCUCAGAUGAUCAGCAUCAAACCACUGACUGAAAAAUUGUCUCCAUGGCAACCUGAUGCACAUAGAUACAGAAUUGCCCUUUUUUCUUUCUUUCUUUCUUUCUUUCUUUCUUUCUUUCUUUCUUCCUUUUUUUUGACACUUGCAACAGUGAUGUUAUGGCAUCAGUACCUGUUUGGCUUCCUCUUUUAAGGCCAUGCUGGAAAAUUAUUAAUUGAAAUUUGCCCUCAAAGUAAACAAGAGUAAACUAUGUCACUCCUUCUGUAUUUCUGAUUCCAAGCUAAUCAGAAUCUACAUGGAGCCAUUUCACUCAUCAGAACUUUUGUUGUCCUAUCAGAACUCCAAUGCCAUGGUGUCACUUUGACAUCAAAUAGGGAUGACUUUAUGUUCUGAAGAGACAGACUUCAAAAGAAAAACAAUAAGAACACAAACAAAACAAAAAUGUAGCAAUUUUUCCUGUAAUUUUUUCCCCUUCAGGUUUCCUUUUCUUUUAUGCUAAUUAUUGCUCUCACUGUGGUCGUAUUUUAACAAAAGGGUAAACCAGCUGUGUCUGAUGUUAAAUAGUGGGAUUAUAGAUGUGAAGAAAAUUUUUAAUGAGCUAUUCAUUUCUUUUGAUAACAGAAUUUUCACAACUAGAUCCACGGCACUGCCCAAUGUGAUGGUCCUUUCUUUGCAUAAAGCAAUACUUGUCUUUCAUCAAAUGAUGAUGGGUUGCAAUAUUUAUGAUUGGCACUAGAUGGCUACAUAAUAUUAAAAACUGUACAUUAACAAUUAUAAAUGGUGGACCAUGAGUGGAUCGUGCUUGUUGUUUUGUUCCUUAAUCAUCACGCAUUAGAUCUCGAACAGACAGCUUACUGUUUCUGGAAUGGUUAAGGGCAAUUUUUAAAAGAGCUGAGGCUGCCGUUGUCACUGAUUGUGCAUUAUCAAGUCAAGCCUACUUCCAGUGCAGAGUUGCAUAUAAUAAAGCACAAGUUGCUGGCUCUUGUCAGUGCAAAUGUUAACAUAUGAUAAUGAAGAGUCAAGGACAAACAUUACUUAUCGAUUUUUAACCAAAAGCAUCCUACACCAUUUAUUUUGGCAAGAGUAUUGAUGUCAAUCAUACUGAGAUUCAGUUUCUGAAUACCUAUUUGACGUCAGGCACCGCUUAUUUGCCCGUGUUGUAGUUGAAUGUAGCUUUGAAAUGAUUUAGCAAAAAGUAGACUUGCGGUAGAUUUUGUAGCAUUCUGGAUGCAGUUACUCAUCACAAGAAGUGACAAUUACACUUUUAUUCUGGGGGGCAUAGAGGGCUUGUACAUGUCGUCACAGAUCAACAGAUAUGAUUGCCCUUUAUUUGCUAUAAGUGAUGUUUGUCUCCCUUUCAUAUCUUGUUAAUUUAAACAAGACCCCCUGGGGAAGGUUCGUCAUCAACAACAAUACAAUUUAGGGCUUUUCCACAUUUUAAAGACCCACCUGUCAUCGCAUGAGUCAAGAAAUAACAAGCUCAGGUAUUGAAUUGUGUGUUGUGUAAACUGAAUCACACACAGCCGCUUAAUCCCCUCGGUCAGCGUUUCUUCCAAUUCCGGGAAUACGGGUGCGUCAGCGGAAAGUCCGCCGCACCCGGCAUGGAAGCGUGGCGGGGGGGCAGGAAGAUGGAUGUAGAAUGAUUGAAUUAAUAUAGUGUGCCAUGAGUACACUUGAUCUGUCAUUGACCCUUACCGAGUCAGAAGGCGCUAACACAGAAUUCUGUGACUGCAUGUACAGAACAGACUUAUAAUUCCCAUGUAGCUUUUUCUUGAGAACAAAAAGAAAUAUUAUCUCUAUAUACUAUGUUUUUGAGAAUGUAUCAUGUUAUACUGUGAAUUGACAUAGAUAUUUUAUUGCCCAUUGUAUUCAGUUUUCAUUGCCAUCAUAUAAUUUAUCUAUACAAAAUAUAUAUGUACAAAUAAAUAUAUACAUAUAUAUAUAUAUAUAUAUAUAUAUACAGACAGGUAUAUAUAUAUAUAUAUAUAUAUAUAUAUAUAUAUGAGUUAAGUUUGAUAUACUUGGAGGAAGUGGUAGAAAUAGUUUUAAAUGUUUUAGCUUUGUAGCAAUUCUAGACUCUGGAGACAUUUUUGAAUUUUGAUUCCUCCUAUAUGACUGUGAAAACAUUAGUGCCUGUGAAGAAAAAAAAGCAAGUCUAAUAUCUUUUCAUCCAUCCAUCCAUCCAUCAAUCCAUCCAUCCAUCCAUCCAUCCAUCCUUCUGUCCGUCUUUUCAUCUAUUCUUAUUUAUAGCAGAUCUUCACAAUUACUCUAAUACUACCUAAAUAGCUUUCAUAUAAUUUGUGUUUUAGCCCUUUGCACAUAUUGUGUUGUGUCCACAUCGCUGCGUUUGUCCUUUUGAUAUUCUGCCAUUCCAACCGUCCAUCUAGCCAGUUAGUAUUCCAUCCAUCCAUUCAGCCACCCAUCAGUCCAUCAGUCUAAUAAUAACUACUGAUUUCUUCUUAUUCUGUAGUUUUCUUAGUAUCUUUUUUUCCACAGCACCAUUGAUUAGGCAACUUAAACAAUGUACCUCUGGCAUUUUCCUUUUUUUUUUUUUUUUUUAAUAUAUAUUUUUGUUUAUCCCUCUGUAUGUUCUCUCAGUUAGCAAAAAAAAAAAAAAAAAAAAAAAAAACAGAGACCAGUAGCUACUGUGUUCCUGCUCCUAUCAAUUGAUUAUUGAAGAUAAUGAUCAAUUAAAGUUAUGAUGUAAUUGCUAAAUGACUGAAAAUGUGACUGAAGAGUUGUACCUGAUGACCAUGACACUGUAGUGAGAGUCUGGGCUGUACUGUACACAACUCACUGUUACUGUGCUGACUAGAUGCAUGAUGGGUAAUGUGUGUAACUAUAAUGUAAUGUUGGUGUACUGACUCAUGUUGAUUAGGAGGUACAUACCAUAGGCAAUAGAUAUGUCAUCCCAUCGCCAAACAAACACUCACCAAAGGCUUCACCCUUCCCCUCAUCUGUUUAGACUUGUGACCUGAUUGAGAGAUAGACAAAGUACAAGGGUUGGAUAUUGUUGGUAGAAUUGUCAGUGGUGGUCAAUAUUUGGCUGGGAAAUUAAAGUCACAUUUUGUGUUAAGGGCUGGUCAGCUUAGAUUCAGUGUGGCUGUUUGUUUGUAUGUUUGAGUAUCAGAACAGGAGAGAAAAGCCUAGUGUCCUUUUUCUACACUGACACAACCACACUGAUGCAUUAUGAUCUUAUGUGUGUGCAUCUCAUUUGCUGUCAGUAUUGCUAGGUUCUCUGUCAUUUAUUUCACUGAGUAGGCCCACACAGAAUCUGUGCCCAAAAAAAACAUGUAGAAUUGGAACACCCAUCAUUCAAAAAGUUAUACACAUUCAAUGCCUCUUGUUCAUUCCGUUCAAAAGUUUGGAGUUAGGUUUUAAUAGCUUACUAUUUUUUAGUAAGGAUGCAUUGAACUGAUCCAAAGUGGCAGUAAAGUCAUUUAUAAUGUUACAAAAAUAUUUAAAAUAAAUACUGUUCUUUUGAUGUUUCUAUUUAUCAAAUAAUCCUGAAAGUAUCCUGAAAAUCCUAAAAAUAAUUCAUAGAAAUAUUAAGCUGUUUUCAACAUUGAUAGUAAGAAGAAAAUCAGCAUAUUAGAAUGAUUUCUGAAGGAUCAUUUGACACUGAAAACUGGAGUUGACAACUCAGCUUUACUAAAAAAAUAUAUUUUAAGAUAUAUAUUUAAAUAGAAAACAGUUUAUAAAAAAAAAAAAUAAUUAAAUAUUACAGACCCAAACUUUUGAAUGGUAGUGUAUUAAAUGUUUGGGCUUAUUAAGCUUUCAGCUACCUAUACAUUUUUAGAACUCUGUUUAAGUUACAUUUAACACACUGUAUCCCAUAUAAAUCCUUUUUGCAGAUUUUCCCCAGAUAACAUUUAAAUACUCCUCAGAUUCCAUCUGGACUUGCCAAGUGAGUGACACAAUGAAUUUAGCCUCUGUACUUAGUGAGUGAACGAGAAGAGAGAGAGAGAGACAGAUUAUGUGCAGGUCUGUUCUGCAUAUACAGUAGCUUUGUAGGCGUUUUAUUAUUUAUAUGGUGAUUGUGCAUGAGAGAGAGAGAAUGUGUGCACAUACAGUAUUUAUAUAUACAGCAAUACAGAGUCUCUAUCUGUCUCCUUUUUCCUCUUUUUAAAUCAGAUUUUUUUUUCAACUGUUUCCUCACACAUAUCGGGCUGCUAUAAUGCAUAAUUCACUCACUCAGGACAGACAUACAUACUCGCGCUCGCUGCAGCUUCAUGGAUAGCACAAAUGCUGCAGGUGUUCUAGAACUUUCUCUGGCUCUCUCUCUCCCUCAGGAGCUUGAGACUCAGAGUUGCUCCAGGUAGCUGUUGGCACCAUGAUGUGAGGCAUUACUUGACAGUCAGCUCGACGGAUAAAAGCGCAGCUCUUCCCUCUUGAUCACAGCUGAGCAGAGAUCAGUGUGUGUAUGCACGUGUGUUUGUGUGAAAGCAGGUCAGCCCCUGUGAUAGACCACUACAUGUUUUACUUAGCCUACCCUUAUUCCACAAGCUGCAGCUGAACACCAACAAUAAUGUCUGAGAUUCAAGGCUGGAAAUUUACUCUAGUUUUGCUUUGUCACGCAAUUAAUGAGCUCUUACAUAAUGUUGUGAAACCCAUAUUUGAACAGGGUACUUCAUGUCACAUCACAAUCACAAUCAUAUAAUUCCAUCUCCCAUUCAAAAUGCAGAAGGAAAAGAAAGGAAUAAUUUAUGUUUUACUUAGUAUUAACAGCUAGAAAUUAUUCUGUUGGAUUUUUUUUUUUUUUUUAGGAAAUUAAAAAAAAUAUUUUGAACAUAUUUUGGAGGGUUUUUUUGUAGCUUUCUCACUAUUUUAUUUUAAAUGAUUGCUGUGGCAUUUUGUAAACUGCACUGUAACUAAAGGCAAUGUGAGUGUGUAUGUGUGUGACAAGCAUCAGUUGAGGAUGUUUAUUGCCUUUGUACUGUACAGUCCAGACAGAAUUCAUCCACCAAUCAGAGUUUGUUUGGUUUUGACAUCUUGUCCUGGGAAGGGGUUUGAAGGGGUCAGUGCUAAGAAUUGCUUCAUAAAGAAUACUCUUUAAAAUA